GACGCGAGCAACAGCAACAACAAUAUGAAUCGUCUCACGGCCUUGGCCGCCAACGAUCAGAAGAUCCAAGCCUUCUUGAAGCGUCUGAAACACAAUCCUGAAGCGAAACCGGUUCCGAAAGAAUUCAAGCGUGGCUGGUGGCGAGUUGUCGACAAGGAAUUGAUCAGAGAAAUUUCCAAGAAACUUCACCACCGAGGAAUCCGCGAAAGAGAGCUGAAGCGUUUCAUGGAGAAAUACGAAGAUCAAAUCAUGCGGGCGUGUGAUCGGGUGAUGGAGCGAGAAACGAAGUUGGUGUACCCGCCGCCGCCGAUCUCGACUCGACUGGCUGGUGAAGACGGCGAGUCGAUGGACGUCGAAAGGCCGUUGCCGCUGUUGAAGAUCCCUCGGUUGUUCGGCGUGCCGAAGCCGGACGAGCACGGUGCUUACUCGGCUGACGUGGCCAUGCGAUUGGACUUGUCGACGCUGGAGCAGGUGGAGGAGUUGGAGGAGAAGGGUUGGCGCCCGCCUCCACGGGUGAGCAACCAGGACAGUUUGACGUUCCGAGCAUCCUGUGAUGUGCGUGUGGGCGAGGACGGGGGCAAGGACGAGAGGGUGAACCCGGUGGACACGGCGCGUGAACGUCUGCUCAUCCUCGAGGCGGCGAUCGAGCGUCGCUACAUCAAGGCGCCCCUGGGGCAUAGGGCAGAUGCCGAAUGA